AUGGCGGAGCCCCGGGAGGCGCCGAGCCGCGGAGCAGAGGAGCCGGAGCCUGCGGACAGCGAGGGCUGGGGGCCGGGGGGGAGCGGCAGCGACUGGGGGGAGAGCGAGCGGGAGGAGGAGGAGGAGGAGGAGGAGGAGGAGGAGGAGGGGAGCGGUGAAGAAGAGGAGGAGGAGGAGGACGAGGACGAGGACGAGGAGGAAGACGACGAGGAUGAAGACGAGGAUGAGGAGGACGAGGACGGGCCCGGCGGCACCACAGCCCCUGCGGCACGGGUCAAAGGGGCUCCCAGGAAGCUGGAGGCCGGUCCCUUCCUGACCGAAGACGAGCGUCUGCUUGCCCAGGACGAAUACGAGGAGGACAGCUCAGACGAAGAGGACAUCCGCAACACGGUGGGCAACAUCCCCAUGGAGUGGUACCAGGACUUCCCGCACAUCGGCUACGACCUGGACGGCAAGAAGAUCUACAAGCCCAUCCGCAACAAGGACGAGCUCGACAAGUUCCUGGAGAAGAUGGAGAACCCCGACUACUGGCGAACGGUGCAGGACAAGAUGACGGGCGCAGACAUCAAGCUGACGGACGAGCAGGUGGACCUGGUGCAGCGGCUCCAGAAGGGGCAGUUUGGGGACGUCCACUUCGACCCCUACGAGCCGGCCGUUGACUUCUUCACCCACGAGGUGAUGAUCCACCCGGUGACGAAUCGCCCAGCGGACAAGCGGAGUUUCAUCCCCUCCCUCAUUGAGAAGGAGAAGGUCUCCAAGCUAGUCCACGCCAUCAAGAUGGGCUGGAUCAAGCCCCGCAAGCCCAAGGAGGACACACCUACGUACUACGACCUCUGGGCCCAUGAGGAUCCCAACUCCAUCCUGGGCCGGCACAAAAUGCACGUGCCAGCCCCCAAGAUGAAGCUGCCCGGGCACGAGGAGUCCUACAACCCCCCACCCGAGUACCUGCUCAGCGAGGAGGAGAAGCUGGCCUGGGAGCAGCAGGAGCCGGCCGAGCGGAAGCUGAACUUCGUGCCGCAGCAGUACCGGUGCCUGCGGGCAGUGCCUGCCUACUCCCGCUUCAUCCAGGAGCGCUUCGAGCGCUGCCUGGACCUCUACCUCUGCCCGCGCCAGAGGAAAAUGCGGGUCAACGUGGACCCGGAGGACCUGAUCCCCAAGCUGCCGAAGCCAAGGGACCUGCAGCCCUUCCCGACCACCCAGGCGCUGGUCUACCGUGGGCACACCAGCCUGGUGCGCUGCCUCAGCAUCUCUCCCAGCGGGCAGUGGCUGGCAUCAGGCUCCGAUGACUGCACGGUGCGGUUCUGGGAGGUGUGCACGGCUCGCUGCAUGAAGACGCUCCCCGUGGGUGGCGUGGUGAAGAGCAUCGCCUGGAACCCCAACCCCACCGUCUGCCUGGUGGCCAUCUGUGUGGAGCAGUCAGUGCUGCUGGUGAACCCCUGCCUCGGGGACAAGCUGCUCUACGGGGCCACCGACCAGGUGCUCGAGUCCUACGUGCCGCCCGAAGAGGAGCGGGUCCAGCCCGUGCAGUGGGUCGUGGCCACCAUCGAGGAGCACAGCAAAGGCAUCCGGCUGACCGUGCAGCACAGCAAGGCCCUCAAGCAGGUGACCUGGCACGGCAAGGGCGACUACUUCGCCACCGUCGUGUCUGACAACAGCAACAUGCAAGUGCUGAUCCACCAGACCAGCAAGCGCUGGAGCCAGAACCCCUUCCGCAAGAGCAAGGGGCUGGUGCAGUGCGUGCUCUUCCACCCCAUCCGGCCCUACUUCUUCGUGGCCACGCAGCGCUACGUCCGCGUCUACAACCUCCUCAAGCAGGAGCUCACCAAGAAGCUGAUGGCGAACUGCAAGUGGGUGUCCAGCAUGGCCAUCCACCCCGGAGGCGACAACAUCAUCUGCGGCAGCUACGACAGCAAGCUGGCCUGGUUCGACCUGGACCUCUCCACCAGGCCCUACCAGCUGCUGCGGCACCACAAGAAAGCGCUAAGGAGCGUGGCCUUCCACAAGCACUACCCGCUCUUCGCCUCGGGCUCGGACGACGGGACCGUCAUCGUGUGCCACGGCAUGGUCUACAACGACCUGCUGCAGAACCCGCUGCUGGUGCCCGUGAAGGUGCUGAAGGGCCACGCGCUGACGUUGGACCUGGGCGUCCUCGAUGUGCUCUUCCACCCCACCCAGCCCUGGGUCUUCUCCUCCGGCGCCGAUGGCACCGUCCGGCUCUUCACGUAGUUGCUGUGUGGUGCCAGCGUGCCCCCGCCCCGUGCCCCGACACCGGCACCCUGCGGCUGGGGGCAGUGCCGGGCCCACCACGCUCCACUGGGAACGGCACCCCUGCUCCUGCACACAGACUCCUGGGGGGAACUGGGGGGGGGAGAGGGGCUUUAUUAUUAAACUUUUUUGGGUACA